GCGCGUCUGUUGCAUGGACCGCCACGCACACAUCGGCCGAGCUGCUGCGUAAAGUUGUACCUCUCUCGACUCCGGAAACCUUUGUGAGAGGCGAGAGAGAGCGAGAAAACGCUUUCCUCUCGAAACAUCUUUGUUCUCGGAUGAAUACUCUUCGUUUCCUCUGCAGGCGACUAGGGACAGAGCGAAGAAUUUGCUUCGUGGACUCUUCCGCUCUGUUUCGCCUGGUGUACAUACACUGGAGAAGAGCGCCUACCAAACCUCGAGUUGACAAAGGCGGACUGUCUGCGAGGGCCGCGCACAUUGCGGACUCUUGGCUUUUUCCCAAGCUUCGAAAAAGUUCUUCCCAAGCUUCGAAAAAGUUCAGAUCACCCUUUUCUUCAAGUUUUUCCCCCGAACACUCUCUCUUCCUUCGCUUUCUGUCGAGUCACCUCCACCACAAUGUUCGGGCCUCUCCAGUCUUGUCGUUCUUCCUUCACUCUCUCUCCCUCUCUCUCUCUCUUCCUUCACCGCCACGCUUCUCCACUCUCGGUCUGCGCUCUCCAAUUCUCAAAAAGUAUGCAUUCUUCCUCCUGCCCUUCCUUCUCCGCCUCCUCCAACUCCUCCUCUGCCCUCCUCUGCUCAUCCUUUUCUCCUUUCUCCAGGCUGGCGUCUUCUUCUCCCUCCUCGGUGUCUUCCUCUGUCUCUUCUUCGUCGUCUUUGCGCAGCCGGUCCUCUUGCUCUUGUUCUCCUUUCUCGGGGCGCGGCCGUUCUGGGAGUUCUCCGAACGCCGUCUCUGCUGCAUGCGCUUCCCUUUCUCCAGCGUCUCCCUCCGUCGUCGCAUCGCGUUUCUCUCUUCGCGGCAUGUCCUCUGAGCCCGCAGAGAAAUCCAGGAAGUCCUCCAACAGCGACACCUGGCUGGAAGUCGAGCGAGCGCGGCCGCGGGUCCCGAACGCCUUCGACGGUACUUACAGCUGGCCUGCAGGCGCUCCGAAUCCUCUGGACAUACACCGCGAGUCCUUUCAAGCGUUCAUGCACGGAAAGACUGAACGCUUCUCCACGGAACUGAAGGUCUUUCUCUACGGCUGGGGGAUGCUGUUCUUCGUCGUCGGCCUGACCUACACGACCAUGAAGCUGAUGACUCCUGACGACUUUGAGUGGGUGGAAGCUGAACGCGAAAGAAUGGAGCAGGCGAAGAGGAAGAAAGCAAACGCAGAAGCUGCUGCUCUGGCUGCAGCUCGAGGCCGAGCGGGAGAAGAGUAGACGUCGAACACUUCGACUGAGGCGAAGAAACAGAGAGGAGGAACCGAUGGACCACGAUUGAAAGAGAUGUGUACGCAGAAAGAGAGACAAAACUGGGAGCGAAUAGAAAGAUGCGUUUCAACAGCUACCGAUGCAGAGGAAGAGAGAGCGUCUACACAGAGAAAGGAAGACGAAGACAAGGCGCGACAGGAGAGGUGGUAGAAGAACAUGAGAACAGGAGGGAUUCGCGAACAUGUUUGCGAGAGAAAGAAAGGCGUUUGCUCGCCAACCCACCGUUGUUGAAAGUCAAAUGUCAUGAUAAAGGCAGAAGAAUGGACUCCCAAGGACGGAAGUGGCGACGCGGCAGCAAACGGAAUUUUUUUACUGAGUCGCUGUCUGCGAAAGAGACUGCAGACUUGUGCGUUCUUCGCCAGCUUCUUUCUCCCCGUCGUCUCGCUCGUUUUUUGCGUUGCUUUGGGGUGUGCCGUACGACGGAUCUCACCACGUUUCUCGCCUUCACCGUCUCCCAUGCACAUGUGGAAGACAUGUGUGGCAUCUGUGCGACUCUUCCAGACGAGUGCGCUCAUGUCGAGGUCACGAAGCGAACGAGAAACUUUUGCAGCAACUGAAUCUCACCCCAAGCCUCUAGAGGCUCUGAAGACGCC